AUGUCUGAUCAUCCGCGGGCUCCUUACCAGACCCCGCCGUCUAGUCCACCAAGAUCUCCUCUGCGUAGGUAUUCUGAUAGAUCUCCACUUGGGGGAGGUUCCUCUAAGUCUUCGCAAAUGGAUCCUCGCGGUCAUAGGGUUUCAUCUUCCUCUGGUACGAAGGUUUUGCCUACUAAGAAAGGGGAUCCGCCGAAGGGUCCUUCUAGGUCUAGGAGUGCGCUGGAUCCUCCUCCUCGUAGAGAAACAUUGGAUGUUCCGCCCCUUCAUUCCAUGGCUCCUCCUUCAGUGUCCCUACAAAGUUCUUUGCCGCCUCCCCCAACAGUUUCUUUCAAGGGGAAGUACUCCAAGAGUACUACCUUGAAAUCUGAUCCACCUAAAAAUCUUCCUUCCAAAAGGAAGGCUUCAGAAUUGAGUCCUACGCCAGAUUCCGCAGACGAGGGAGAGGCUGCCCCAGUGAUACGCAACGUUUCAGUUGGUAGGAAGAAGGUCACGUUCAAGCAUAUUGAUCUUGAGAUGUUCCAGGAAAAACAUGAGUUUCAAGCCUUUGAGGUGUCGAAGAAGAAGAAAAUUGGACCCAAGCAAUCUUCUACUGUUAUGACUGGUGAGGCUGAGGCUUAUGAGGAGGUUACUAGUCCUGUGAAUGAAGGGUUUGCUGAGGAUGAAGAAAUGUCCGAUGGAGAAGAACGCACUGAUAUUUCUCCUCCUGAUGACGAGGGUGGUGGUACUGGCGAGGAGGGAUCUGCCCCUGUUGGCGGUAAUACUGGUGGUGUGGGUGGUGAAGGUUUUGCUGCUGGUGGGAAUGAGGUUGUGGAGGGUGCCACUGGUCAGCAGGCUGAAAACGCAGGUGAUCAGGCUUAG